AUGGUCACUUCAGGCUCUGGGAAGCGUACCGUCCUCUUCAAACUGCAUCUUGAAGGAGAUAUUGAAUGCUCCGGACUGCGGAUGAAAGAGCUCGACAGGCACUCCUCGGUUGACUCUAGUUAUCUAUAUCAAGAUCGCUAUGAGAUAGUUCAUAAACUUGGCGCCGGUUCAUAUUCCACUAUACGGCUGGCUAAGGACCGUCAGGACAACGUAUUGGUUGCCAUAAAUAUCAUUGUUUCCCAAUACCCCAAAAGCCGUGUUGAUACUGAAAAUAAGACUUUGCAGUUGCUAGCCUUAGGACCCAAGGACUAUCCCAGACGAGCCUAUGACUUCGACGGCCCAGUUCCAGCACGUUGGUCCAAUGGUUGGGGAAAGAUGUCCUUCUUCUUUAACGACUAUGGCUCGUGGAAGGAUAAUGAUCGCUGUGGGCUAGUCCUUAGAUUAUUAAGGGAGAGGAUCCUCAACAUGAUGGACAAAGGUGAAUUCCAUACGGAAGAAUUGCCUGGCACUGAAAAGUUACUCGAAGGCAUGCUGGCUUAUGAACCUUCUCAGAGAAUUUCCGCAAAGGACGCGGUUGGCUCCGAAUGGAUCAACAAGCUUUAUAGGAAUUAUAUUUAG